GCGCGCCCGGGGAGUGAGUCUUUGUACAGUCAGGGCUUCUGCUGGGCAGGGCCAGCUGCUAAUCCUCCAGGCGGCCACCGGCCCGGGGGGGGGGCGCAUGGGGCAUAUAGGUGGCGUCCGCUGCUGAGAAACACCUAGCGCAGGUAAAAGGGUGGCGGCGAGAGGGAGUUCCCACCUGUUGCGCUCUUAAAGAAAUGAAGACUUAAGAAAAUCCCAAGGAGGAGCCGAUCGGUGUCUUUCGGACGCGCCUGGAGCCCCACCCUGGGCCAGAGGAAAAGCCCCUUGAGUGCGAGGCAGGCGCUUCACCCAAAGCCAGAAAGGAAAGCGCCUCUCCCCGCGCGCCACCUCCUCCUGUGCCUCGCACUCCUCCUGCGCGGCGGGCCCUGCCUGACUCUCGCCGCGGCCUUUGGCCCCGCCGAGCCCCCUCGCCCCGGCCUCCCGGUGCAGCGCGGGUGACCUGUCCCCAAGUACUCCCAUGGCGUCAGACCGCCCCACUCGCUCCCGGAGCGGAGCCCUCUGCCGGCAACUGCUGCUGACCCUCACGAUCUUAACAUUUGCCUGUGAUGCCUGCAAAAAAGUCACGCUACAUGUUCCCUCCAAACUAGAUGCUGGAAAAUUUGUUGGUAGAGUUAACCUGAAAGAGUGCUUUCAAUCUGCAAAUCUAAUUCAUUCAAGUGAUCCUGACUUCCAAAUUUUAGAAGAUGGUUCAGUCUAUACAACAAAUGUUAUUCUUUUGUCCUCAGAGGAGAGGAAGUUUACCAUAUUACUUUCCAACACUGACAACCAAGAGGAAGAGAAAAUACUUGUCCUUUUACAGCAUCAAACAAAGGUACUGAAGAAGAGGCAUUCUAGAGAGAAAGUUCUAAGACGUGCCAAGAGAAGAUGGGCUCCUAUUCCUUGUUCAAUGCAAGAGAAUUCCUUGGGUCCUUUCCCACUUUUUCUUCAACAGAUUCAAUCUGACACCGCACAAAACUACACUAUAUUCUAUUCCAUCAGAGGACCUGGGGUAGACCGAGAACCUAUAAAUUUAUUUUAUGUAGAGAGAGAUACUGGAAACCUGUUUUGUACUCGUCCUGUGGAUCGGGAGCAGUAUGAAUCUUUUGAGCUGAUUGCCUUUGCCACAACUCCAGAUGGAUAUACUCCAGAACUUCCACUGCCCCUGGUAAUCAGAAUUGAGGAUGAAAAUGAUAACUACCCAAUUUUUACAGAAACAACUUACAUAUUUACAGUUCCUGAAAACUGCAGAGUUGGCUCUACCGUGGGCCAGGUAUGUGCAACUGACAAAGAUGAACCUGACACGAUGCACACGCGUCUCAAGUACUCCAUCAUCGAGCAGUUGCCAGCGUCAGCCACGCUGUUUUCUAUGCAUCCGACGACAGGCGUGAUCACCACGUCAUCAUCUCAGCUAGACAGAGAGCUAAUUGAUAAAUACCAGCUGAAAAUAAAAGUCCAGGAUAUGGAUGGUCAAUAUUUUGGUUUGCAGACAACUUCAACUUGCAUCAUUAAUGUUGAAGAUGUAAAUGACAACUUGCCAACAUUCACCCGUACUUCUUAUGUGACAUCAGUGGAAGAAAAUAGAGUUGAUGUGGAAAUCUUACGUGUUACCGUUGAAGAUAAGGAUUUAAUAAAUACUGCUAAUUGGAGAGCCAAUUAUACCAUUUUAAAGGGCAAUGAAAAUGGGAAUUUUAAAAUUGUAACAGAUCCCAGAACCAAUGAAGGAGUUCUGUAUGUGGUUAAGCCACUGAAUUAUGAAGAAAGACAACAGGUGAACCUACAAAUUGGUGUAGUUAAUGAAGCUCCGUAUUCUAAAGAGGCUAGUUCACGAUCAGUCAUGAGCACAGCAACAGUUACCGUUAAUGUAAAAAAUCAGGAUGAGGGCCCCGAGUGUAGCCCUGCAGUGCAAACCGUUCAAAUUAGAGAAAAUGCGCCACCGGGAACAAAGAGCGACGGAUAUAAAGCAUAUGACCCCGAGACGAAAAGUAGCAGUGGCAUAAGGUAUAAGAAAUUAACUGAUCCAAAAGGGUGGGUGACAGUAGAUGAAAACUCAGGAUCAAUCACAACUUUCAGAAGCCUGGAUAGAGAGACAGAGACCAUCAGAGGUGGUGCAUAUAAUAUUACAAUCCUUGCAUCAGGCAAAGAUGGGAGAACGUGUACUGGGACACUGGGAAUUAUACUUGAAGAUGUGAACGAUAAUGGCCCAGUUAUCCCAAAACAGACGGUGGUAAUCUGCAAAACCGUCAUGUCAUCUGCGGACAUCUCUGCAGUGGAUCCUGACGAUCCUAUAAAUGGCCCACCCUUUGACUUCAGUUUGGAGAGUGUUCCUGAUGCAGGCAUAGAAAGAAUGUGGAGACUGACAAAAAUUAAUGAUACAGCAGCUCGUCUUUUCUAUAAGAACGACCUUCCAUUUGGACCAUAUCAAGUACCUGUCAGAGUUAGAGACAGACAUGGCCUGUCAGUCGUCACUCCAUUAAAAGUUAUACUGUGUGACUGUGUUACUGAAAAUGAUUGCGCACUUCGCACAGACCCAAGGACUGGCAACGGAGAAGUGAGGCUUGGAAAAUGGGCCAUCCUUGCAAUACUGCUGGGCAUAGCAUUGCUCUUUUGUAUCCUAUUUACCUUAGUCUGUGGGGCUACCGGGACAGCUAAACAGCCCAAAGCGUUUCCCGAUGAUUUAGCCCAGCAGAACCUCAUCGUGUCAAACACUGAAGCUCCUGGAGAUGACAAAAUGUGUUCCACGAAUGGCUUCACAACCCAUACCGUGGGCAGUUCGGCUCAGGGAAUUUGUGGCACCUUGGGAUCAGGAGUGAAAAAUGGAGGCCAGGAGACCAUUGAAAUGGUGAAAGGCGGACACCAGACCCUGGAAUCGUGCCGGGGGACGGGGCAUCAUCACACCUUGGAUUCCUGCAGGGGAGGACACGUGGAGACGGACAACUGCAGAUACACCUACUCCGAGUGGCAUAAUUUCACCCAGCCCCGCCUUGGUGAAAAGGUGCAACUGUGUGAUCAGGAUGACAAUCAUAAGCAUGCUCAAGACUACGUCCUUACGUAUAACUAUGAAGGAAAAGGAUCAGUGGCUGGUUCUAUAGGUUGUUGCAGUGAACGACAAGAAGAAGAUGGGCUUGAAUUUUUGGAUCAUUUGGAACCCAAAUUUAGGACACUAGCAGAAGCGUGCAUAAGGAGAUGAGUGGAUUCUAAUAAGUCUACAAAAGCCAGUGGCUUUAUCUGUUCCCCAGCCCCCCACCCGCCCCCACUUUUUUAAAUACAA